AUGAGGUAUCGUAAUAAUAUUCCUCUUGAAGAGACGUGUAAUAAAGAGAAUGAUGAAAAAAAGAAAGAUCAGUGUACUCAUGAAUUACCACUUUUCCGCUGGCUAGAUCCCCAUAACCCUGCAAGGGCACGAAGACGUAUUGGUGACAUUUACUGGAGUGGAUGGAGAACCUUUGUGUUGGGUUUUUUUCUUUCUGGUGUGGGACUAACACUUAUUCUACUAGGAGCUGCUCUCUGGUUGUUUGUAGUGGACACUUCACGAGGGAUUGCCUUAUUCACAGUCGGGUGUAUACUUAGUAUUCCCGGUAUAUAUAGUCUGGUGGUGUUGUGGUGUUAUGUGUGCGGAGUAGAGGGGUACUCAUACUCCCAGUUGCUUGAUGGUUAA